UGGUGGUAGUUAUUUUCAUAUUGUGUCAAAAGUAGAUUCUAUUCAUUUUAGUAUACGUCAGACUAUCUUAGGUAACGGGCUUGCUUUCGGUUAAUCAGUUAAAGGUUCUAAUUAGUUAAUUUCAAAUAAAAUGGAAACAUUUAGCGAGCUAGAAAAGAUAGCAAUAAGUGUUUUAGGAAGGUGGUACGAGGAAACACAAAUGAGAAAAGCCCAAGAGUCGAAAUUGAAGUUUGUUCAGGAUUUAAUAAUAAAGGAGCAUCGAGAUAGAUGUGCUAUAGAAGAUGAGUGGAGGAAAAGAGCUCAACGCGUAUCGGCGAUGGGACGCAGCAGUACAGAUAGUGAAACAGAAAUUGAAAGAAGUGGAAAUAACUUCAAUCAGAAUAUUGUCUGUUCUCCGAAGAUAUGCACACCUCAGUCAAGCUCUGAGAGUAACAAAUUCCACUGGACCCACGAUGUGAAACCUGAUGACGCGAGAUUCCACGAGAAACUUCGUAUUUCAGACUUCGAAGUACACGCAGGAAACGUACGAUCUCCAGCAUCUAUUGAAAUUCUCAAAUCACCACCAUACAAGCGGACACCACAAAAAUCAAGAAAAGUGCUUACGCCUGUAAACAAGAUCAUAAAGACGGAAGUUACAAGUUGUUACAAAACCAGUAAAGUUACGCCUGUUACUCCCGCCAAAAAUAAAGAAAACAUGGUUGCCAUUGGGAGCGGCAGAACCCUGAUUCCUAAACAUGUGUAUGAUAGUCUGGACUGGAAUUCAUACACCAGUGUUACUCGCAAGCUAUUGCAAGCGACUUUUACAAGAGAAACUUUGUCUACGCACAGUCUCAGUGGCAGACCUUCGCCGGCAUUUGCUCAUAAGCCAGUAAAAAAGCAGUUGAACAGAGUUAUAAUAGAAGAUAUUGUGGCGACUGUAUCCAAAAAUUGUCGGAUUCAAGAAAAAUUUGUACGGACAUGCAUCACCGUCAAAUGUGCCGAUGAAGCCAAAAUGCUCCGACUCCGAAGAGGUCAUCGUGGUGCUGACUGCUAGGAGGAAAACAUUUGUCAAAAAUGAGAUAGAUUACCUAUACAUUCCUGGCAUCAAAUUCUAUCAAAACCGUUUAUGAUCUCCAUUCUGCAAGAUCGAUUUCAUAGAAAUAAAAAAUAUAAAUAAAAAACAAAUACGAUAGAGAUCAUUAACUUUGUUGAUAGAAUAUUGUGUGAAGUUAAAUAGGAAAUCUGUAAAGUAGUUUUUAAUAUUUUCAUAAAGUGGUUAUACAACACAGUAGAUUUAUAGAAGGCUUCAGGGCGAAAGUGUAAUAUUAAUCACUGUAU